ACAGUGAUUUCAGCAGUACUCUCGGUUUGCCCUGUAGACUGGGCUGAAUUCAGAGGAGAGUGUUUAUUUUUUGGUCAUGACAGACGAUCAUGGUUAGAUGCAGAGAGCCACUGUCGACAAAUGCAUGCGUAUUUGGUGUCCGAUGAUAAUGCAGACAAACACGAUUUCAUCUCCAAAAUAACGAGUGUUCUUCAUUCACUGCGCCAAAGCGCCUUCUGGAUCGGCGCUAGCGACUACGCAGUUGAAGGGUCGUUCCGUUGGUUGGAGACGGGAUACCCAAUCGGGAACUUCUCAGCGUGGGGCGCUGGUAAACCCACAAGAAAUGACACGAACAACUGCGUGCGCAUGUUUUACAAUGGGGACACGUUCAAAUGGGAGGAUUACAACUGUAAUGAUAGAUACACGUACUUCAUUUGCGAAAAACCAGCGGAAGGUGGAGGUUCUGCCACAACUGAAAAAACUCUUGUUAUUGGAAAAUGAGAAGGAAAUAAAAG